UCUCAGGCGGUGGCGCUAAUUCUGUAGCUGCGGUUCUGUAGCUCCAGUAAAGUGGAGAAGAAGAAGGUUCCGCUACGCGUCCGGACGGUCUUUGAUGCGGCGCUGCUGGAGGAACAGGAACAGGAGCUGAACUGAAGAAAUCAGAAGUCUUCUUUGGCUUCUAGUGCCUGCUUUCCUACACAGCUCAAGUUUCUCUCUACAAACACAUCAGGACAUUUCACCUCGAGGAAUGUUAAGCUGCUGAAAGAGAUCAAGUAUGUUGUCCAGAAUAAGCUCCAGUACUCAGCAAGCAUCUGGUGCCCUCCAUGUGAACACACCUCACAGUCAACUGAAGAGAUGCAGAAGCAAGGAGAAAACUCACCACUGCUCAGAGUGUGGGAAGAGUUUCGCUCAACACAGUCAUCUUCAACAACACCAGCUCGUUCACACGGGAGAGAGGCCGUAUCGCUGCUCAGAGUGCGGGAAGAGUUAUGGUCGGCUCAGUACUCUCCAUCAGCACCAGCGCAUUCACAGAGGUGAGAAGCCAUAUCCCUGCCUGGUAUGUGGGAAACACUUUAGAGACAGAGGUACUUUCCUGAAGCACCAGAUCAUCCACACAGGAGAGAAGCCGUAUGAGUGCCCAGAGUGCGGGAAGUGUUUCACUCAGCAGAUCACUCUCCAAAGACACCUGCGCAUUCACACAGGGGAGAGGCCGUAUCUCUGCUCGGAGUGUGGGAAGAGCUUUAAUCAGCAGAGUAGCCUCCAACAGCACCAACGCAUUCACACCGGAGAGAAGCCGUAUCACUGUCCAGAGUGUGGAAAGUGUUUUAGAGACGCAGGUGUCCUCACAACACACCAGCGCAUUCAUACAGGAGAGAAGCCAUAUCACUGUCCAGAGUGCGGGAAGAGGUUCAAUCAGCAGACUCAUCUCAGUCGACACCAGCUCAUUCACAUGGGACAAAGAACUCACCUCUGCUCAGAAUGUGGGAAGAGUUUUACUAAAAAGAGUAAUCUUCAGGCACACCAGCGCCUUCACACAGCAGAGAAACCGUACCAGUGCUCAGAGUGUGGAAUAUGCUUUGCUCGGCAGAGUCAUCUCCAAGAACACCAGCGCAUUCACACAGGGGAGAAGCCGUAUCAGUGCUCAGAGUGUGGGAAGAGGUUUACUAGAGGGAGUCAUCUCCAAACACACCAACGUAUUCACACCGGAGAGAAGCCUUAUCACUGCUUAGAGUGUGGGAAAGGUUUUACUCGGCAGAGUAACCUCCAGCAACACCAGCUCGUUCACACAGGAGAGAAGCCGUAUCAGUGCUCGGAGUGUGGGAAGUGUUUUACUCAGCAGGGUAUCCUCAAAAGGCACCAGCUUAAUCACACAGGAGAGAAGCCAUAUCACUGCUCAGAGUGUGGAAGAAGUUUUCUUCUACGUUAUUUUCUACGAAUACAUGAGCGCGUUCACUUGGGUGUGAAGCCGUUUUAUUGUUCAGAGUGUGGGAAGAAUUUUAAUCUGUAUACUGUUUUCCAGCAACACCAGCGCAUUCAUACAGGGGAAAAACCCUAUCAAUGCUCAGAUUGUGGAAAGAGCUUUACCCAAAAGAGCCAUCUCCAUGUACACCAGCGCAUUCACACAGGAGAGAAGCCACAUCAGUGCUCAGAGUGCGGGAGGAGUUUCAUCCAGUUAUGUUCUCUCCAGCAACACCGGCGCAUUCACACGGGAGAGAAGCCGUAUCGCUGCUUAGAGUGUGGGAAGAGUUUUACUCGACGGAAUACUCUCACACAGCAUCAGCGCAUUCACACAGAAGAGAAACCUCAUCAGUGCUCGGAGUGCGGGAAGAGUUUUACCCGAAAAAGUAAUCUCCAAACACACCAGCGCAUUCAUACAGGAGAGAAACCGUAUCAGUGCUCAGAGUGUGGAAUGAGUUUUAGCCGACAGAGCCACCUUCAGCACCACCAGCUCAUUCACACAGGAGAGAAGCCCUAUUGGUGUUCAGAGUGUGGGAAGAGUUUUACUCAGCAGGGUAUUCUCAAAAGACACCAGCUCAUCCACACAGGGGUCAAGCCACAUCACUGCUCAGAAUGUGGGAAGAGUUUUCUUCGGCAAUGUCUUCUAGAAAUACAUCAGCGCAUUCACUCAGGAGUGAAGCCGUAUUAUUGUUCAGAGUGUGGGAAGAAUUUUAAUCGAUAUACUGAUCUCCAGCAACACCAGCGCAUUCAUACGGGAGAGAAACCCUAUCAGUGCUCGGAGUGUGGAAGGAGUUUCACCCAAAAGAGCCAUCUCCAAGCACACCGGCGCAUUCACACGGGAGAGAAGCCGUAUCAGUGCUCAGAGUGCGGGAGGAGUUUUAUCCAACUGUGUGCUCUCCAGCAACACGAGCGCAUGCAUACAGGAGAGAAGCCAUAUCGCUGCUUAGAGUGUGGGAAGAGUUUCACUCGACGGAAUACUCUCACACAGCAUCAGCGCAUUCACACAGAAGAGAAACCUCAUCAGGUUCAGACUGCAGAAAACGUUUUAUUGACGGAGCUGCCCUCAGAACACGCCAGCUCAUUCAUGGAGGAAACAAACCACAUCACUGCUCAGAAUUUGGAAAGUGUUGUAAUCGAGUAAUCUCCAAAAACACUGGUACAUUUACACAGGACUGAAGUUUGGAAAAAGCUUCAGACAUUUGAGUUCUUUUGAAUAAAGCGAGUACACUUAGAGGAAGGUGUAAUCUCCUCAAAAACAUGUUCAUUCAUGGUUUUAUUGGGUUCAUCAUGAAUGAGGAACCCAUGUUGAUCCAGUUGAUCGGACUCCUUGAAAAAAGUUGGAAUGAACUUCACUAUUCUGAAAGGUAUAAGGAUGACAUUCAGUGAUGGCUUGUCUUGGGAGAUGCUUGGACAUCCACAUUUCAGCAAUGGUCGUCAGUCAGUCAGUCAGUCAGUGACUCGGUAAGAUACAUUGACACUAGUAGACUGUUUUGUAGUAGACGGUUUUCCCCUUAUUCCAAAUGUAAGCCAAGACAGCUGCUGUCUGAAGAUUGCUUCCUUAGCUUUGUUCAGGAGAACAAAUGUAGCCAGUGAGAGUUAAAGUAGACAAAUGUAGCUAAUGAGAAAUUAAAGUUUACUUGCUUCAACCUAACAUCUUGCAAACUGCAUGUGUAAGUCAACAGACAGUUGCCUUAAAGUGUUUUAAUUUUUAACAAUAUAAAAAUUUCAUGUUCAUGGACCAUCCAGCAUUUCUGAUGCUGAGCCUAAGCCAACCUGAACUUUAUAUUGGAUCACUUUUGAUGGCUGAUCCCCCUUCCUAUGGUAUUGAAUAUCAAUACAGUUUGGUAAGAAAUAAAGUAAGGCUUCAAAAUGGCUGUUAACCCUGGUAGAAACCAUAUGAACAAGUCGUAAUGUGAUGAUAUGUUAGAUAAUCUGGCAUACAGUUUUAAGUGUUGGCAUGAAACGAUCUACUAAGCUAAAUUUGUGGCCUCAUAGCUCCACUACAAAACUAAAUUACAAACUUCAGGCAGCGAACAUAUACUGGCUGAUUAACCACUGUUGAGGUCAUUAUUUUAUGGUUUUUAAUGAUGGCUGUCUGCAUUCUUUUAAGAAAGAAGUCAUAAGCUUGAUUUUUUUUUUUUUUUUUUUUCCCUAUAUGGUCACAAACAUUCUAACAGUAAUUGCUGUUUUUCAUAUGUGAUUGUGUAAUCUUUCUAUCUGAAUAUUGUGAUUUUUAAAUUGCUAUGUUUAGAUUCUCACCAUGUCAGCAUGUAACAAUGUCCAUGUACGCCAAUCUAAACAAUUUAAAAAGGACAUUUUAGCCUGUGGCUGCCUAUCAUCUUUUUUUUUUUUUUUUUUUUUUUGGUGAGAUGUUUUAUUUUUCAUGGUUUCAGGGUACCAUGGUGACCCUGAGGGCUUGUCAAACAUCCUAGGGCACCAUGGCAAACAGAUUAGGAAAGCAGUUGAGAUUUGGAAUUGUUAGCCAGAGAAUCAUGCAUUGUUUCUAUGAAUAAAUCUGUAAAAACCUUUUGGCAUUAUGGACUUGCUUUUCCAGAAGUUUUUAAUCAUGUUACUUUGCAAUCUCAAUAUUUUAGUUAAUGUAACAUUUGUAUUUAAUACAACAUAUAUUUUUAAAUCUGGAGUGAAUUUUUAUUUGCACUACAGCUGGGUGAAUGGUUUGGGGUCCCAUUACUGGGUACACUCAAAACGGUGAUUGAUCAAGGGUUCUUUAGUGAAGAAAAAGUUUCUAUGUAGCACCAUGGGUGCCAUGUUUUUUAAUGUAAUUAAAAUAUAUCAUGCUGUUCUAUUAUUGUCCUUCACUCACACCAGUGUAUUUAUAAGCAGUUUGGUACCUAAUUAUCUAAUGACACCAAUAUAUUCAAAUCAUAUUCUAGCACUUAUUUUAUAUUUUUAUAAAGGACUUUGACACAAAGCUGCUUUACAGAAAUCCAGGUCGAAGUUUCUAAUGAGAGAGCAGAGGACAAGGAAAAACCUGAAGAGCAUAAUGAAGAAACACUGAGAAGAUCCAAGACUCAAAAGGAACAACUCACGGUGAAGAACCAAGACCAAAGAUAUCUCAUUCUGGUUGACUCUGGAUACUUUGCACAAAUACUAGUAAAUCAUUAAUGAACAUUCCAGUUGCAUAUACUAGCUUGUAUUUUAACAUGAAAGAGUUGAGUCUUCCUUCUACAGAAGUGGUUUCUCUUGUUUUUGUUUGUAACUGGAACUGUAGAUAACCAUUCAUCUUGCAGCCACCAGACCCAGUAAAGAAUCUGACAGUGAAACCUCA